CAGACAACCAAAGUCGAGAUGAAAAAGGUCCCUUCCUCUCUUUGCCGUUGGAUUCCCACUUUGCCUUUUGCCAUUUGCUGCUCUGCCCUUCCUUCCUCCUCGGUCCUCACUGCCUCCUCUCUCUCUUUCCCUCUACGAUCAGCCAAUGGGGUCGCUCUGCCCAGCAUCUGCCGUGUGGUCUGUCGGCUCCUGAUCUCGCUUCCGUCUCCGGUGCUGCCGGAGACAUCGUUCUCUUCCGUGUAAUGAUUGCCCACGUCUUUGAAAAGGGUCCGAAUGUGCCUCUCUAGAAAAAAAAAAAAACUAUUCUUUUUCGCAGCCAGAGAUCCUGUUUCAUUGAGGUUUCUCCUCUCGUAGAGUUUUUUUUACUUUUCAGUGAAAGAUUUGAUUUUUGGUAGUGUGGAGUCUAGAACGAGUUAGGGUUUCGGAGCGAGAUCUGAGCCAAAAUUGAGUGACUUUUGUUUUUGCUGAUGACUACUGAAAAUUGUCGGGCAUUUUUUUUUUCCUGUUUUGAAGUGCUUGAGUGAUGGUUUUUGAGAGAAGCAGAGGAGAAUAUAAAUAGGGAAACGAGUGUGUGACCACUGACAGUUAGAAGGGAACCUCGGUUAGAAGAUGGGUGGAAGCGAGACUGAUAGCAAGGUGCCAAAAACAUCUGCUUCGCAGGAGCAGCCACCAGCUACAAGCUCCAGCCACUCUGCAGCAGCCUACCCAGAUUGGCCUGGAUUUCAGAUCCCAUCAUGCGAUUCUCAAUAAUUUUGUUUGAAUAGGCAUACUCGCCUAUUCCUCCGCCUGGUUUCUUCCAUUCCCCAGUGGUGUCAAGUCCUCAAGCUCAUCCCUAUAUAUGGGGGCCUCAGCACCUUAUGCCACCUUAUGGUACACCUCCACCUCCAUAUGUGAUGUAUCCUCAUGGAAUAUAUGCACAUCCAACAAUUCCACCGGGUUCACAGCCGUUCAGUCCCUAUGGUCUGCCUUCUCUAAAUGGAAAUGCUGAAGUUUGUGGAAAUAUGCCUCCUAGUGCUGAAGGAGAUGCGAAAUCAUCUGAGGAAAAGGAAAAGAAACCAAUUCGAAGAUUGAAGGGAAGUCUUGGAAGUUUGAAUAUGAUAACAGGACAAAACAACACCGACAUGGAUAAGCUAUCAGGAGGAGCUAAUGGAGUCUUAUCUCAUGGUGAAAGUGGAAGUGUAGAUUCAAGUGAAGGCAGCGAUGCUAAUUCUCAGGAUUCGGAACCAAAGACAGGUGGCACACAGAAGCCUUUGGAUGAAACAACUAGGAAUGGCACAACUUCCAUAGAUACUACACCAUCACACACGACAUCAUAUCCGACAAUGCCAUUAAUGCCUUUGUUAGCCACUGGAGUGCCUGGAGCUGUUCCUGGUCCUACGACAAACUUGAAUAUAGGAAUGGACUACUGGGUUGCUCCAGUUUCGUCUGCCAUAGCUCCAACUGGGAAGAUAUCUGCUACAGCAGUCACAGGAUCAACAAUCCCUGGCACACUUGUCGGAGUAAGUGGAAAGGUUCCAUCAGAGCUAUGGCUACAGGAUGAAAGAGAACUAAAGAGGCAGAGACGGAAGCAGUCAAACAGGGAAUCAGCACGUCGUUCUAGGUUGCGCAAGCAGGCAGAAUACGGAGAACUGGCUCAGCAUGUGGAUGUUCUGAAAGAGGAGAAUACAACUCUUAGAGCCGAACUCGACAAUGUUAAGAAAGAAUACGAUGAACUUCUUACCCAAAAUGCUUCUCUUAAGGAGAGAAUGCAAGGAAAAGCCAGAGGACUAUCUUCAGUAAUCAAUAACAUCCAGAUCGACUUAGAUUCCGAUCCACAAUCUGUGAAGUCAGACUCAUCUCCGACUCAUAGCGGAGUAGAUAAUCUGAUGCGGGUUACUUAUUUCAUUCACUGCAUCAUCCAUGUCAUCAAUACCGAAUGCGGAUUUGCCUCGAUUGAUCUUUUAGCAGUCAAGGCAGAGCAUAAGCAAGCUGGCUCAUCAUUUAAGACUAAAGCCAUGUAGUUUUUUUCAUACCGAGUGAGAUUGUAAUUGCGAGUGACCAUGCAACCUGACAUAUUCGAUAUGAUAUUACGAUCGAGAAGUAGAAUUACUAUCAGCUACUGACUCGAUUUAUCCAUUUUAUUAAGUGUGAGCUUUUCGUAAA